AUGAUCAACGGCCUGCUUGGAGUGCUCAUCCGAUUCCGGAAAGAGCCCGUAGCCAUUACUGUGGACAUUAAGCACAUGUUCUACUGCUUCUUGGUACGAGACGACCACCGAAAUUAUCUGAGGUUUCUGUGGUUCCGCAACAACAACAUCUAUAGUGACGUGGUGGAGUACGGAAUGAAGGUACAUGUGUUUGGAAACAGCCCUUCACCAGCAGUUGCAACGUACGGGCUGCGGAGAACAGCACGAGAAGGAGAGGAAGAAUUUGACAGCGACGUCAGGCAGUUCAUCGAGAGGGAUUUCUAUGUCGACGAUGGGUUGAAGUCUCUCCGCAACGUCAAGGACGCCAUCAGCCUAAUACGUCGCACGCAACAGAUGUUGGCCGCAUCAAACCUCAAGCUCCACAAGAUAGCCUCUAACUGCCCUACAGUGUUGGAAGCCUGUCCAGAAGAAGACCGUGCCAAGGAUUUGAAGGAUCUUGACGUGAGCAAUGGCUCACAGCCGAUCCAACGCAGUCUGGGAGUUCCUUGGAAUCUGAAGAAGGACGUCUUCACAUUUACGAGUCCAGACCAAGAAAAGCCAUUCACUCGGCGCGGUGUCUUGUCAGUGGUGAAUAGCCUGUAUGACCCACUUGGGUUUGUUGCUCCAGUCAUCGUUCAAGGAAAGUCCCUCCUCCGAGAGCUAGUCGCUGAGACAUGCGACUGGGACUGCCCACUUCCUGACGAAAAGAGAGCCGCCUGGGAGGCGUGGAAGGACUCCUUGCAAGUACUCGAGCAGCUGGACAUACCUCGCACCUAUGCCCCUGCCUCACUUACUACCGCAGAGAGGAAGGAACUGCACAUAUUCUCCGACGCAUCAACCAAAGCUGUGGCUGCAGUGGCGUACCUCAGAGUGACAUAUCCAGAUGGUGCGUGUCAUGUCGGGUUCGUCAUAGGAAAGGCUAAGCUAGCACCGCAUCCGGAACACACCAUCUCAAGGCUUGAACUGUGCGGCGCGGUGCUGGCAGUGGAGCUAGCAGAGCUUAUCAGUCGUGAUAUAGAUAUGGAACUUCAUGCUGUAAACUUCUAUACUGACAGCAAGGUCGUCCUAGGCUACAUACAUAAUGAGACGCGAAGGUUUUUUGUGCAUGUCAGUAACAGGGUGGAACGCAUAAGGAGCUCUACACGGCCAGACCAAUGGCACUAUGUUCCUUCUGACAUCAACCCUGCGGAUCUCGGAACCAGGUCUGUGCCAGCAGCCCAAAUGGCAGGAUCGACCUGGCUGACAGGCCCGGACUUUUUGCAUCGUCAAGAACGCUGCUCGCAGGUAUUGAAGGGCAAGUUCGACUUGGUCGAUGCGGAUUCCGACACGGAGGUGCGGCCCCAGGCAAAUGUUCUCGCAACCAGUGUGGGCGUGAAACAACUCGGCAGCAAGCGGUUCGAGCGCUUCUCAAGUUGGAUUACGCUGACUCGCGCAGUUGCAACGCUUGUACGGCUAGUGGACAAAAUUCGGGGCACUUCUGAAAACGUGUCAGACUGCCCGCAUAACAGCUCAUCUCACCAACUCCGACCUUCUGCAGAACACCUAGCCCGAGCAAAGGCAGUCGUCAUUCUAUCUGUCCAGAAGGAAGCCUUUUCAGAGGAGUUGAAAAGCUUGCAACGAGGAAAGCGACUACCGAAGUCAAGCCCUCUGUGGAGACUGGAUCCAUGGGUUGAUUCCGACGGUCUUUUGAGAAUCGGUGGCCGACUAGGCAGGGCCAACCACUUCGACCAGCAAGAGCAGAAGCCCAUCAUCAUGCCAGGGCGACACCACGUCACCACCCUGGUUGUGCGGCACUAUCACGAAGAGGUCAAACAUCAAGGACGCCACUUCACUGAGGGAGCAGUCAGGGCAGCUGGGUUCUGGAUCGUCGGAGCUAAGCGUAGCAUCGCCUCAUAUAUACACAGUUGUGUUACAUGUCGCAAGCUCAGAGGAAGGCAGCUACAGCAGAUGAUGGCAGACCUGCCCGCAGAAAGACUAAGCACCGAGCCACCUUUCACUUAUGUCGGACUAGAUGUAUUCGGCCCCUGGCAAGUGGCAUCUCGUCGCACCAGAGGCGGUGAGGCCAACAGUAAACGGUGGGCCGUGCUCUUCACUUGCAUGAGUAUCCGUGCUGUUCAUAUUGAAGUAAUCGAGAGCAUGGAUACCUCAAGUUUUAUUAAUGCGCUCCGCAGAUUCUUCGCCAUAAGAGGCCCGGCAAAGCAACUGAGGUCUGAUUGCGGGACAAAUUUUGUUGGAGCAUGCACCGAACUAAAGGUGAGCACCAGUGGCCCAGACCACGAGAAGCUAGGAACUUUCCUGUCAGACCAUGGAUGCACUUGGGUGUUCAAUCCCCCUCAUGCUUCUCACAUGGGAGGAGUGUGGGAAAGGAUGAUAGGAGUCACACGGCGAAUUUUGGACUCCAUGCUUCUUGAGAAUACCUCUCGUCGCCUUACUCACGAAGUCUUGGUAACCCUCUUGGCAGAAGUCUCAGGGAUUAUAAAUUCGCGACCCCUCGUUCCUGUUUCAACGGACCCCGAGUGCUGGGAAGUGCUGACUCCGGCAACGCUUCUGACCCAGAAGGUCGGCGGCAACACAGUGCCACCAGUCUUUAACGACAAAGAUAUAUAUCAGCGACAGUGGCGGCAGGUUCAGUGGCUGGCCGACGCCUUUUGGUGCCGCUGGCGACGCGAGUUCCUUACCACCCUGCAGAGUCGUCGCAAGUGGCAGGGCCCAACGCGGAGUCUCAAGGCAGGUGACCUCGUCCUCCUGAGAGACAGCCAGGUUCACCGCAACGAGUGGCCCAUGGGACUCAUUGUGAACGCAAUUGCGAGUGGGGAUGGCAAGGUGCGAAAGGUGGAAAUCAAGACGGCAACACGGGGAGUGAUCAAGACGUUUCUCCGUCCUGUGACUGAGACAGUCCUUGUGAGGACUGAAAACAUCAUAUAG